CGGCAUCGGAUAAAUCCGAAGGCCGAUGCUUCGUGUUCUGAGUUCUUCCAAAGCCAAUUUUUGGCCAAGGUCAUACAGCUUAGCCUUCAACUACAGCAGAUCAAGACAGAUCUUCCGAGUCUCGAUGUACCCUAACGCCCAAGAGCAGGGUGCUCUGCAGGCUGCUGAAAACCUCAUGAAUGAAACCAUGGCGCGUUAUGAUCCAUCUCACGAUGCCUUUCAUGUACAGCGUGUACGCAAAACAGCCCUGUCAAUAGCCAGGGCUCUUUCCGCCCAGCAACCUGAUUUACUCGAAGCCGAAGCAGCAGACCCAUAUGGAUAUUUCCUUCCUUUCUUCCAGUCUUUGUCUUCGGAACACGGGCUGGACCUGAUUAGCGAUGGCCGGGCGCGUCAGGUCGUAAAGGUCGUAGAAAACGUCUCUUGGACAACUGAGAAGGAACUGAGGUCAACAGGAAAAAUUGAGGAGUGGCAUCGCGUGUGCGUUGAACUUCAUUGUGUACAAGACGCGGACAGACUCGAUGCGAUAGGAGCGUUUGGAAUCAUGCGGUGUGCUGCGUACAGCGCUGCCGUAAAUCGCCCACUCCAUGCACCUCCAGGUCGUCUCGACACUGCGGUACAGCACUUCUACGAUAAACUCCUACACAUCCAAGAAAGACUGAAGACAGAGCCAGGGAAACAGAUGGGCGCAAAGCGACACCAAUUUAUAGUCGAUUUCUUAAAUUCCGUGGAAAACGAAUACAAUGCAGAAGCACUCGAAGUCGCCUGCACUGCGUAAUGGAACACAUUCCAUUCUUGGUAUUUUGAGGAACACCGCCCGCAUCCGAGAAUCCUUGAAGAACAAUAGACGAAAUAGACACCCGCUCCAUACCUAUAACUACCGUCCUUAUACCAGGCCAUUAAAAUGUCACGUCAUUACUAGUCCGUC